AUGCGGUGGCGGCUGCCUGGCGCCCGUACGACCCUCCCCGCCAGCGUCGCACUCCUUCUGCUCCCUGUUCUUGUCGCUCCGCAGCAGCUGCAUGAACAUCAUGACCGUCCUUCCACCGUGUCCGUUCCGCUCGAUCCGACCGGAAAGGUCCUGGAAAGCCAUACCCCUCCGACGUUGAACGUGAAGUCCAACGAUGCGAGCGCCCUAGCAACUCUGGCUCUGGCGGGUUCCGGCCGCGCCGUUCGAGCCCCUCCUGCCCAGGCCAGUAGCCCCUCUGCUGGUCUGGCUCCGCAGCUUCAUGCGCGGUCCUUGCAGGACUGGGAGGUUGAGGAUUUUGUUCUGCUGGCGACCGUCGACGGUUCCAUUCACGCACGAGACCGCAAGACCGGCACAGCUCGUUGGGCCCUUGAGGUGCCGAGUAGUCCCAUGGUCGAGAGCAUCUAUCAUCGAGCCAACCGGUCGAGUUUCGACCGUACACAACCCCAAGAUGAUUUCCUAUGGAUCGUUGAGCCAAGCCAGGGGGGCAGCAUCUACAUCUACAGCCCCGGCCCUGAUGCCGGCCUUCAGAAACUGGGGCUGACAGUCAAGGAGCUGGUGGAUGAGACCCCGUACUCGGGGAACGAUCCCGCAGUCACGUAUACCGCUCGGAAAGAAACAACUCUCUACACCAUCGAUGCCCGCACCGGUACGAUCUUGCAAGUCUUUAGCUCCAGAGGGCCGAUCCCCGCAGGUCAGGAGUGUCGCAAAGUGGAUGACCUCGACGUGGAUGCCGAAGAAUGCGAAUCCCCUUCAGGCACGUUGGUUCUUGGUCGGAUCGAAUACGCAGUGGCCAUCCAAAAUACUGAAACGGGGGAUCCGAUCUGCACAUUGAAGUACUCGGAGUGGUCGGCCAACAAUCGGGACAUGGAUCUCCAGAGUCAAUACUUCCAGACAAUGGACCAGAGCCAUAUCUACAGCAUGCAUGAUGGCGUCGUACUGGGGUUCGAUCAUUCUCGCAUGGAACGUCCCCGGUAUACACAACGGUUCUCCUCCCCAGUCGUCCGGGUAUUCGACGUAGCUCGCCCGGCCAAUAUCGAUCUACCCGACGCACCCACCCCCCUGGUGCUCCUGUCACAGCCCUUGCAGCCCCCAGAUCCUGACUACGGCCCUUUGGAUGACCGAGACACGCGGGUCUUUAUUGAUUGCACGGAUGCAGGCGGAUGGUAUGCCAUGUCCGAAGAGACCUACCCCCUUGUUACGGGUCGGGCCAAGAUGGCGCAAUGCUACGAGAAGGAUUACUUCCGUCACGGUCAAUCCCUGAUGAGUCUGACGACUACUCAACAACGUGAUGCACUGGCUGGUGUCCACUCUCUCAACGGCCCUCGCAUUGACCGCCCUCACAUUCCCAGUAUAUCGGGAUCGACUGCAGACCGUUCUAAUGACACACCCCAAGAUCUGAUCCGUAGUUCUUCCGAAUUGGCCCUGCCACCAGCCUUGCGACAUAGCGCAAUUAUUCGCAAAGGCUGGGACAACGCUGUGGACAUCUUUGUGACUCUGUUACUACUGUUCUUCUGCACGUUUAUCUACUUCAACUCCCAUCACAUCCAAGAGUUGGCCAAGCAAAAACUCGAUCUGAAGAACAUCAUCUCUGCCUAUGGACAGCCAUCACUGUCAACCCCGUCGACCCCUGUUGUUGGCAGCAAUCCCUUCAAAAGGGAAAAUAGUCCUUCCCGACCAGUGCCCGAUGUAACUGUCGAUGUGAGUGUUCUUGAGGAGCAACGGAAUGGCGGCGAUGCCACCCCGAAGGCGAAUAAACGUGACAAUUCCCUUGCACCUGAUGUCACCCCACGAGUGCGGAUCCGAGAGCCUUCUCGUGGUCCGAGCGGCGAUGAGGAUGUGGAUGCCUUAACUCUCGAUGGCACGGAGAAACCCAAAAAGAAGCGCCAGCGCGGUCAUCGCGGCGGCAAAAAUCACCGUCGUGGGAAGAAACCCGCUGCCGAGGGGGAUGGAAAGGAACAGGAGGACCGAGUUGUGGAGGUGAAUAGCCUUCAACCUCAAUCUAGGCUGGAGUCAGACGUUCCGUUGACACGCACGGUGUCCAAUGAAAUCGUUGAGGUGGACGGCGUACUCCAAAUUGGCCGACUAAGGGUGCUCACCGAUGUCGUCUUGGGCCACGGUAGUCAUGGAACCGUGGUGUAUCGCGGCUCGUUUGAUGGACGUGAUGUUGCGGUCAAACGAAUGUUGGUCGAAUUUUAUGACAUUGCCUCCCAUGAAGUUGGAUUGCUACAGGAAAGUGAUGAUCACAACAACGUCAUCCGCUACUUUUGUCGCGAACAAGCAGCUGGUUUUCUCUACAUUGCCCUGGAGCUAUGUCCUGCGUCCCUGCAGGAAGUAAUCGAGCGCCCGUUUGAUUAUCCGCAGCUGGUUCAGGGCGGGUUGGACAUGCCUGAUGUCCUGCGUCAGAUCGUCUACGGUGUCCGCUACCUUCAUUCCCUGAAGAUCGUCCAUCGCGAUUUGAAGCCGCAGAAUAUUCUUGUCUCGAUGCCUCGCGGACGCACGGGCUCGCGUUCUCUUCGGCUGCUGAUCUCGGAUUUUGGUCUAUGUAAGAAACUCGAAGACAACCAGAGCUCGUUCCGAGCAACCACGGCGCAUGCUGCGGGCACGUCUGGCUGGCGAGCUCCUGAGCUGCUGGUCGAUGAUGACAAGAGCCCAGCUAUUCAGGGGGUUGAGUCUCAGCACACCGAAUCCUCCGAGCCCGCUGUAGUGGAUCCACAAACGAAUCGACGGGCUACUCGUGCCAUCGACAUCUUCUCCUUGGGAUGCGUGUUCUACUACGUCCUGACCAGGGGUAGCCAUCCGUUUGACAAGAACGGCAAGUUUAUGCGUGAAGCCAAUAUUGUUAAGGGUAAUUUCAAUCUUGAUGAGCUACAGCAUCUUGGGGACUACGCCUUCGAAGCUCACGACCUUAUACGAUCGAUGCUGUCGCUGGAUCCUCGGAAGCGACCGGAUGCGAGUGCUGUCUUGACACAUCCAUUCUUCUGGCCCCCAUCCGAGCGGCUUAGCUUCCUUUGCGACGUGUCUGAUCACUUCGAGUUUGAGCCGCGGGAACCUCCUUCCGAUGCACUUAUGUGCCUGGAAUCGGUGGCUUUACAGGUGAUGGGUCCAGACAUCGACUUUCUGCGCCUCCUUCCGAAGGAUUUCAAGGAUAAUCUGGGCAAACAACGCAAGUACACGGGCUCAAAGAUGCUGGAUCUGCUACGGGCGUUGCGGAACAAGCGUAACCAUUACAACGACAUGCCGGAGCAUCUCAAGGCUCAUAUUGGCGGGCUACCGGAGGGAUACCUGAACUUCUGGACGGUUCGGUUUCCGAGCCUGUUAAUGAGCUGUCACUCAGUUAUUGUGGAGUUGCGGUUGACACGGAGUGAUCGGUUCAAGCGGUAUUUUACCGUUCCUGAAUAA